AUGGCUUCGAAACACACGCUGCAAUCCUUCCACGAAGCCUUUGGAGAGUCUGCGGUGGCGGGAUUGCGGGAGGUGUUCAGAGAAAAGGCUUGUUCGGAGUCCGCUGGAUUCAACGUGGACAAGUUCAGCCACUUUUGGUUGUUUUUCUGUCGCUUUGCAAGUGCAGAAACCUACUGUGGAUGCACACGUGUUUUUGCAAGUAAGAUGAGCAAGGAUGCUUUGGAUUUCCUCGCGAAGAUGGCCUUGUAUGCCCCAGAGGUAUGGUACUCCAUCAUUACAGGGCAGGAAUGCCCGCAGGAUGCGAAGAAUGAUUGGCCAAACAUAGGCGUUGCCUUUGAUGCCAGUUCCAGGCUUCGGCGUGCUGGGAUCGAGUACUAUCAUGCCACGCUCGCCGGCAAAUGGCGCGCGCAGACGACGGGAGCCCCUCUUUGCUAUCUCAAACAGUUGGCGGCGAGCGCCCACGACGAGAUAACGACGAAACAUGAGCUUCCCCGUCCUGGCACCCCGCAUGUGCGGGUCGUGGCGAUCAGUGACACCCAUCUGCUUCACGACGAGUUGGAGAUCCCAGACGGUGAUCUGUUGGUGCAUGCAGGAGACCUGAGCUAUGAAGAGUCGCGCUCCAAAGAUGGGCGUGACUUUGACAAGCAAUGGAAUGAGCUUCAAGGCGACUUCCCGAAGUUUCUUCACUGGUUCAAGUCAUCUGACUUAGAUGCUGCUCGGGCUCUGCGAUGGCUUGGUGCCACAUCAUGUUUCGAGCAUCGUGUCCUUGUGGGUGGAAACCAUGAUUACGUGCUGGAGCAGCUUGGGGAUGCGAACGCAAGGAAGCUUUGCCAGGAGUUCAAUGUGCAGUACCUUUCCACAGCGUCGGGUCCAGAGGAGUUGAGCUUCCGGAAUGGUUCGGGAGUCUCAGCGGCCUCGCAGCUGAAGGGGGGCCGUGCGAUUCUCUCGGGAAAUGCUUCUUUCCAGUUGGACAUUGACACAGGCGAGACGCAGUUUCGUGAAGAGACGGCUCGCCUUUCAGCAGGGUCGGUAGAUGUCAUGAUCACCCAUGGGCCACCUUGCGGGGCGCUUUAUGGUGCUUCUGGGAAGACGUUCCCCGGGUGCAUCAACGACUUGAUUUCGAGAGUCCGCCCGCAGCUGUACGUCUGCGGCCACUCCCACAAUCCCGACAACAUGAAGCUCAGCCAAAAGGUAGCUGAGCUCGCAGAAGGAGUGUUGGGAGUGCAGGUCGCAUGCACCGGCACGUGGAAUCAGUUCUGCGGCAUGCCAUUCGUGGUGGACCUCCCCGCUCGGGGCGCGCAAGUGCUGUACAAAUUCCAAGAAGCCUUUGGAGAGUCUGCGGUGGCGGGUUCGGAGUCCACUGGAUUCAACGUGGACAAGUUCCGCCAUUUUUGGAGCCUUGGGGAGAUGUCGCCCCAAGUGGCACCCUGCCAGCCUCGUGCAGAAACAGAUGCAUCUGAUGCUUUGGAUUUCCUCGCGAAGAUGGCCUUGUAUGCCCCAGAGGUAUGGUACUCCAUCAUUACAGGGCAGGAAUGCCCGCAGGAUGCGAAGAAUGAUUGGCCAAACAUAGGCGUUGCCUUUGAUGCCAGUUCCAGGCUUCGGCGUGCUGGGAUCGAGUACUAUCAUGCCACGCUCGCCGGCAAAUGGCGCGCGCAGACGACGGGAGCCCCUCUUUGCUAUCUCAAACAGUUGGCGGCGAGCGCCCACGACGAGAUAACGACGAAACAUGAGCUUCCCCGUCCUGGCACCCCGCAUGUGCGGGUCGUGGCGAUCAGUGACACCCAUCUGCUUCACGACGAGUUGGAGAUCCCAGACGGUGAUCUGUUGGUGCAUGCAGGAGACCUGAGCUAUGAAGAGUCGCGCUCCAAAGAUGGGCGUGACUUUGACAAGCAAUGGAAUGAGCUUCAAGGCGACUUCCCGAAGUUUCUUCACUGGUUCAAGUCAUCUGACUUAGAUGCUGCUCGGGCUCUGCGAUGGCUUGGUGCCACAUCAUGUUUCGAGCAUCGUGUCCUUGUGGGUGGAAACCAUGAUUACGUGCUGGAGCAGCUUGGGGAUGCGAACGCAAGGAAGCUUUGCCAGGAGUUCAAUGUGCAGUACCUUUCCACAGCGUCGGGUCCAGAGGAGUUGAGCUUCCGGAAUGGAUGCAGGGUGAAAGUCUGGGGUUCGGGAGUCUCAGCGGCCUCGCAGCUGAAGGGGGGCCGUGCGAUUCUCUCGGGAAAUGCUUCUUUCCAGUUGGACAUUGACACAGGCGAGACGCAGUUUCGUGAAGAGACGGCUCGCCUUUCAGCAGGGUCGGUAGAUGUCAUGAUCACCCAUGGGCCACCUUGCGGGGCGCUUUAUGGUGCUUCUGGGAAGACGUUCCCCGGGUGCAUCAACGACUUGAUUUCGAGAGUCCGCCCGCAGCUGUACGUCUGCGGCCACUCCCACAAUCCCGACAACAUGAAGCUCAGCCAAAAGGUAGCUGAGCUCGCAGAAGGAGUGUUGGGAGUGCAGGUCGCAUGCACCGGCACGUGGAAUCAGUUCUACGGCAUGCCAUUCGUGGUGGACCUCCCAGUUCGGGACAGACUUCCCUUUAACCCGCCACCGCGUGAGUUGCGUGAGCGUGAAAAGUUGUGUAGUGGUGGGUGUGCCGCGUCCUGA